GGUGAUUUGCAGAAUGGGAGAGGGAAACGUACGGAUUCAGAUGAUCAGCUCUAUGGGGAGGAAAGUUCACGUUAUUUGACGCCUGAUCGUAACACUACGGGUUCGGAUACUCGUUAUGUCAGGGAACCAGAAUGGAACGAGCUGUACUACAACCCCUAUCGUUUUAUGAACGGAGCGUAUGAACGUGAACACGAAACAGCUGCUCAUCACACCAAAACAGCGCCAAAAAAUUACGGAAAAAUUAUCAUGAUUCUUGGCGCUAUUGUUAUUUUAUCAACUGUCAUCUUCUUCCUCAUCCAGAACUACAAUGCGAUGCACGAGGGCGAAAGCAACCGAGAGGAAUUGUGA